AUGCCUCCAUACUCAGGAGCUCACUUCCAAGUCUUGCUUCGGGCACCCGAACCAGAAGCCCCGUCGUGCCCACCACUGUCACCGCUGUACCGCGAAUGGGAUUCCUGCAUCACCACCUACAUCCCCUCUCUCCCUAACCACUUUAUCCUCGGCCGCAUUCGUAAUCUUGAUGUCGAGUUGUUCAAUCACUACCCUUCUCUGGAGAAAGAGCUGCUUAGUCUCGACUACACUGUUCGACCUUACAAUCUGAACACACGCAUGUCUGUUUAUGCAGACACGCAAAUCAAAGAUCGUAACCUCGUCCAGAAGUUGCAGGAUCAGCUUUACGAAACAUUGAAGGAUGAUGAAGAGGAAGUGGGCUGGGGGCUGGUGGCUGAAACACAGAGCGAGUGGAUGCUGGUUGUGAAAUUUGAUCGUCAACGCUACACUGCUACCAACCCCUGUCCACCCACUUUCGAGUCCCAUGGUGUCAAAUACAACACUAUUGGCUACAUUAUCGACAACGAUGUUUUCAUAACCGCUGCCGAAAAGGACGUCAAGCGCUUCCAUCUCUCCCGACCCCCAUGGGUUCUCUACAAGAUUCUCGACCGGACCAACAUUGCCAACUAUAUCAUUCACCUUGCAGAACAGAAAGCAGAAAAAGUUGCCGAGCACAAGAGGGAGAAGAGAAGAGCCAAGAAGAUUGCCGAGAAGAAGGAAAAGGGCACAGAGCAAGAAAAGCAAGGGGUGCUUGAAGCCGGAGGCAAGGACAAGAGAGUCGGAGGACAGAGCUACAAGAAACGACAGGACGAAGACGCUGAAACUGACUCGUAA